GGAAAGAAAAUGAGAAAAAACAAAGAGAGAGAGAGAGAGAAGAGUAAACGAUAUUGAAUAAAAAUAAAGAGAAAAAGAAACACAAACGAUGGCAGCAAAUUCCUCCCCGGCGAUCCUCCCGACGUCCAAUUCCCAAUCCGCCUCAACCGCCGUCGACAACCAACAAUCCCCCUCCAGCUCCGCCCUGCGUGCUUUCUUCUCCGGCAUCUCCGACACCGUCCGCCAUGGCCUCUCCAACCGUCGCCCAUGGUCUGAGCUCUGCGACCGCUCCUCCCUCGCCAAACCCGAUUCCAUCUCCGAAGCCACCGGCCGCAUCCGGAAAAAUUAUAACUAUUUCCGCGUUAACUACCUCACCGUCGUCACAGCUGUGCUCGUCAUCUCUCUUUUGACAAAUCCCCUCUCCCUGAUCUUCCUCGCCGGCCUUCUCGCCGCAUGGCUGUUCCUCUAUCUCUUCCGUCAGCCCUCUGACCCUCCGAUCACCCUUUUCGGCCGCCAGUUCUCCGAUCGCGAGACCCUCGUCGUCUUGAUUGUUUCCACCAUUGUUGUUAUCUUCCUCACCAGCGUUGGAGCCGUUCUCGUCUCCGCGCUCAUGGUUGGCGUUGCUAUUGUUUGCGCGCACGCUGCUUUUAGAGUUCCCGAAGAUCUUUUCCUUGACGAGCAGGAGCCUCAGGCUGGGGCUUCCAACUUCCUCUCUUUCUUCACUGGUGGUGCCCCUGUCAUGGCUCAGUCCCCAAUAGCUACUAGGGCGUAAAGUCUUCCAUACUGCAGGGAAAUCAAUGAAACCAAUUCGUUUCUGCGUUUCCAGGUUUUAUUAAAGAAGCUAGCAUCAGGCCGCUGAUGUGGUGAUAUUCUUUGCGAUCAGUUACCUGAAUACAUUUGCUGUUCCCCCUACUAUUUUUUUGUUCUUUCCCCUUAAUCAGAGAUGUUACCUUUUGUAACUCUUCUUUCUGGACGUAUUGGAUCCACAAUUUUCUCGGGACAUCUUGUGUCAUUUUGUUAUUUACUCUUCAAAAGCCAAGAGCCUUCAAUUGUUGAUAGCAAUGUUUUAUUUUAUAUAAAUGCCUGAUUCUUAAUC